GUACUGAAGCGAUUUAAUUGGACGCCCUCCGUGUCCUAUGGAAGAAAAAAUAGUUCACGCAUAGUGUUGAGCAAGCAAAAUACAUACAACAUUGACCCCGAACGGAAUUGUGAUGGAAUCUUACUUCAACGCCACCGCGAGGCGGAAAAAGGAGACCGAUGGGUACAAAUGAGGUGGUGGAGUUUUAUAGUGUUGUGAUUGAGCAGACCGUGAAAGGAAGUCGGUCGCUGAUCGAUGGGAUUAAUGUGCGCGUGACGGUGACAUGAGCACAAACAACAAAAGGCGUGGAGCUAGCGGUUCCAGUUGUUCUGUGUCUGGAGUACCCACCCUCGUGAACGUCCCGACCGCCAUGUCUGCUGAUCUCGCUUCGCUGUUCGAGUGUCCCGUGUGCUUCGACUAUGUCCUGCCCCCAAUACUGCAGUGCCAGAGCGGGCAUCUGGUCUGCUCGAGCUGCCGUCCCAAGCUGUCGUGCUGCCCGACGUGUCGCGGCCCCCUCGGCAACAUUCGCAACCUCGCCAUGGAGAAAGUGGCCAGUAAUGUAAUGUUCCCUUGCAAACACUCCAACACAGGCUGCACAGUCACCCUUGUUCACACUGAGAAAGCUGAGCAUGAGGAAGCCUGUGAAUUCAGGCCAUACUCCUGCCCCUGUCCAGGUGCAUCUUGCAAAUGGCAGGGAGGAUUGGACCAGGUAAUGCCUCACCUUAUGAUGUCACAUAAAAGUAUCACCACUCUGCAAGGAGAAGACAUAGUUUUCUUGGCCACAGACAUCAACCUGCCCGGGGCAGUGGACUGGGUGAUGAUGCAAUCCUGCUUUAACCAUCAUUUUAUGUUAGUCUUGGAAAAACAGGAGAAGUUUGAUGGUCACCAGCAAUUCUUUGCCAUCGUGCAGCUCAUAGGUUCCAGGAAGGAAGCUGAAAACUUUGCAUACAGAUUGGAAUUGAACGGGCACCGCCGCCGGCUAACGUGGGAAGCCAUGCCACGGUCUAUCCAUGAAGGAGUCUCAUCAGCGAUCAUGAACUCCGACUGUCUUGUGUUUGAUACCUCAUUGGCACAGUUAUUUGCCGAUAAUGGUAACCUUGGAAUUAAUGUCACAAUUUCGAUUGCCUAAAUGCCAAUCACUGAUAUAAAUUUGUCACCGGGCCUUGUUUCAUUGACUUCAAACUUAAUCCAAUUACAUUUUUAUGUCAAUGAAAUGAUACCAAUGAUGUGAAAAUUUAAGAAAAAUAUGUACCUAAUGUUGAGAGUGGUUAUAAUAACAUUUUUGAUUAAUUUGUUACAGUAUGCGAAGACAUAUUUUGACUCCACAUGACAUGUUUUGUUUAAUUUGUAAUCAAAGAAUUAUCAAAGCCAAAAAUUUUCUUUCCUUCAUUAGAGCCCUGCAUUGUAGGUUGUGACAUUUAAUAGUUCUAUAUGUAUAAUUAAUAUCUAGGAAUGUGUUGAGAAUAAAGAAUUCAUUUCUGCCUGUCUAUUUUGGAACUGUAUAGCUGAUAUUGCAGGCAUUUAGAAACCAAUGCAAAAUAUAUGAUUUACCAUUUAGUAGUCCAGCAUUUCUCGUUUUCUGUACUUACAUAUACAUAAUAAGUAAAUGAGUCUUCAAUGCAUGUCCUGCUAUGGUAGUUUCCAUGGUGAAUAUUGGUACCAAAGUACUGGAAUAAAUCUACUUUCUAUGACUAAGCAAUAAAGGCCGGUUUACGUGGAUAAAGUAAAUGAUAAGUAGAAGUACAUGGCCUGGUGAGUUUGGCUAGUGCAAAAACAAUGCAUCGAUUAUGAACCGUGCUAUGAAAUUACAUUCAGCUUACUUGUGUAAAGCGGCCGUAAACUUCUUAUUUAUCAAAGAGUCAUAAACUAAGUGUGAUCUCUUAUUUCUCUUAUUAUUAGUAAUAUUAUUGCAACUCUUUUAUAACUGUAUAUGUUAAUCGACUAUUUCAUAAAUACAUUUGUGUGUGUUCAAUUUAGUAAAUUAAAAAUUUUUCAGUGAUUAUCUAUGAAUGCCUUUUGAAUGUAUGUAUAUAGUUUGUAAAAGAAUAAAUUAUGACCUCUUAUGGGUUUAAAAGCGAAUAUUUUAUUCCAAACAAGAACAAAUCUAACAAUUAGUGAUUUGUACAUAUAUGCUUGAGUAUAUUAUGAUGUUAAGGAUUUGAUAUAAUUGUGAUUCUCGCUUCUUCAAAUAAAUUGGCAAUGGCGUAAUGUAAACCCGGACUUUUUUGU